AACCGGUUUCGGCUACAUUUUAAAAAUUUUAUUUUUAGUGAGAGGAGAAGGGAGAAGAGAGAGAAAGAAACAUCGAUGUGAGAGUGGAGCACCGAUCGGCUGCUUCUGCACCCGAGAAGGAGCUGCCCCGGGCACGUGCCCAACUGGGGAUCGAGCUAGGGCAGUGCCUUUUUCUUAAUCCUCACCUAGGGAUGUGUUUUUAUUGACUUUAGAGAGAGGAAGGGAGAGGGAGAGAGAGAAAAACAUUGAUAGGAGAGAGAAACAUCAAUUGGUUGCCUCCCAUCUGCACCCUGACCGUAAAUGGAACCCGCAGCAUUGUUGACUGGUCACAAGUUAACUUGUGUCUUUUUCUCUACUCGUCCAUCAGUAUUUCCAGAAAUGGGACGAGCAAUCCAUCUAAUCCUUCCAUCCGUCUUUCAUUAUGGGGAGGGUUCAAAAAGAUGUGUCGCGGCAGAGAACGUGUGAGCGAGCUCUGUGCAGACCCUGCGACCGGCCGGCCGGUGACCGUGUCUCGCUGGAAGGCGGCGCUGCCGGGAGAGCGGUGAGCCCGGCAGCGCCGAGGCAGAGAGGACUGCGGGCCGGCCGCUGACGCUGGGAGAACGGGCAGGAGACGCUCCGCCGCCUUGGAGCCGAGGCAGACAUUUCAGCGCCUGUUCAGUGUGGAGACCACACAGUGGAGAUACAGAGAAGUUUCUCCGUUUAAUUAUGUUGAAGGGACUAAGGAAGAAGCCAGAUGGAGAGAUGACUGGUCAUCCGAUCCUUUACUUGAAUCGCCCAUAUUUCCAAAAACCAUGACUGGAAGGAGGUUGGAGGGAACACGGACAUUCUCUCAUCCGAACGAUGGUUCACAACAUGUAACAUGGACCGUCUUCACCAAGUCCCGCCCCUUUGGACCACUUCACCUCUGAACUUAAUGUUUGUACACCAAACAGCGGCUUCCACUCGAGGGAGCAGGGAAUCCAAGGAGAGCGUGCUUCGGCUGCAAGGCGUGUGAUCGCAGCAGCGGUGACGGCGGGAUUUUAGUGCGGACACUAGUGAACGCGGGAGUGGCUGGAAGUGCAAACUCGAGAGAGACGGGUGAAGGCAGAAAGUUACAACGGACUGUGUUAUCCGUCGUAGGGCCUUUUCUUGGUUCUUGACAUCGUAUUCACCAAGAUAAUUACUACAACAGUGUCUGCAGCUGAGCUGUUACUGAGGUACAAAGCCCCAGCCCGUGGAAGAAUGAGGGAGAGCCACGGUGCCACCACGACGAACAGAAACGUCGCCAGCCCACGGGGCGCGUUCUGGCCUGACACAGCUGGUCAGCAAGGAUGUCACGAUCGGGCCGUCCUGCUCUACGAGUACGUGGGCAAGCGGACCGUGGACCUGCAGCACACCGAGGUCCCCGACGCCUACCGCGGGCGCGGCAUCGCCAAGCACCUCGCCAAGGCUGCCCUGGACUUCGUGGUGGAGGAGGACCUGAAGGCCCACCUCACGUGCUGGUACAUCCAGAAGUACGUCAAGGAGAACCCGCUGCCGCAGUACCUGGAGCGCCUGCAGCCGUGACCCUGGCUGGGGGCAGGUGCGCCCUGCCAGACCUCUCCUCGCCCUGGCCCUGCCUCCGUGUGCUCUCAGGCAACCUGGAUCCCAUGGCGGUGGGCCACUCAGCUGUUUUGUAAGGACGCUCAUCGCCCCGGAGGCGGCUGGCCGAGGAUGGGCAGGUCCGGUGACUGGCAAGGGGAGGCCUGGGGCUGCAUCCCGGCUGCUCCUGCCUGCAGACCUGGCGGCUUCUCGGAGACCGUACGGCCUGUUGUGGGCCGGCCUGUGCCGCCCGUAGGCAGGACUGGGACGCGGACAGGCAUCCUGUGGCCCGCUGCGCCCCUUGUGUUCCUUGCUCUGUGAUUGGCACCCCCUCACCACCCCUGCCACUCGGUCCUAUUUGCAGAGGGGGUGUUCCCAGUGUUGAGAGGAGCAAUAAGAAACUAUGUGCCAACUUCCGAGGGCACAGCGCCAGCUGCGGCUGCCGUCAGCACUGCCUGCCUUCCUCCAGCUGCCCGCCUGGCAGGGGUGGCCGGGGCAGUUCCCCCUGAUGUGUGCGGCCGGGAACGGUGGCCUGGGCAUUAGCUCAGGCUCACGUGUGCACACAGCACGCGCAGCACGGAAGCUGAGUGGCAGGCGGUGUGCCGGGCAGAGAGGCUGGGGGGAGCACCAGCUGUUCUCUCCCUGGUCCCUGUGCCCUAACUCCUUGCCUCCUUGUCUGUCAGCUCUGCGGGAACCGAGGUCCCGCCCCCUGUGGCUGCCCUGCCCUCUCCAUCUGCCUGUUGCCAGGGCAGCUCCAGGGGCUCCAAAACCUCCCAGGCCUCCCCCCUGUCCUGGGCCCUGGGUGAGCUUCCUCAGAAGGGACCCUGUGGAGCAGAGGUGGGAGGGAGGUGAACUGUCCUCAAAGCCGUCCUCACCACCAGGAAAGACACUUUUCUGCAGAGGCUUCCCUUCGGGGCCGCAGCCUCGGGGCACCUUCCGGGGGAGCAGGGUUGGGCACGGCCGUGACCUGCACGUGCACGCUCUGGCCCCAGGCAGCCUGGGAAUGGCAGAGGGCACCCCCUUCCGGCUGUGCCCCCCACUCUGCAGCGUGCUCUGCGAGGGCCAGGGGAGCGCCUGUCCCCUGCGCCGGGAGUCAUGGGCCAGCAGGGGGUGGGCACAGCUGCUGGGUCCUCCCAAGGCUGGGGCAGCCCAUCCUGGCACAGUUAAAGAAGGGGGGGCAGGCCUGAGAGUGGACAGACCGGCCGGGUCUUUUCUCUGCCUCCUUCCCGCCCCACUCACACAAGUUUACGUACAGAUUCGUCAUGGGAACUGCCCGGCGGCUCAGUGAGCUGGUGCUCUCGCUCUGUGGCCUGUGGGUGAGGUGGCCCAGUGCUGGGAGGAUGCCCGACGCGGGGCUAGGACAGGCAGGCUGUGGGGCGGGGCCAGGGGCACUGUGUCCCAGCCUGAGCCUGUGUUCUAACAGCAGGUGACGUGCCAUGCUGGGCCAGCAGGCAAACAGAACUCGUUAAUUGAACCAGGAGCUGCUCAGGGUGGGGGGUGGGUGAGAGUGGGUAGCCUUGGCCCAGGGACAGCUUGUCCCGGUUCCUGCAGGUGUGGCCGCCUUGCCUCCGCUGCCUUAAAGUGCCGCUGACCGCUGCGGGCCGUGCUGUGUGGCCGCCGGGCCCGGGCAGCAGCGAGAGCCUGACGCUCUCCAGGCUGGGGACACGGCAGCCCCGGCCUAGAGCCCUCGGCCGGCACGGCCGGUGUGGCCAUGGCUGGCCGCCUCUGGUGCUGCCCCACGUGUCUGGCAUCCAGCCCGCCCCCCUCCGCCGCCCAGCCAGGAGGCCGGGAGCCCUCGCUGUGUCCGGGGCAGCACCAGCCCCUCCCAGCAGGUCGCUCACAGGCCCGGGUUCCGUCACAUCUCACUUUGAUUUCAAAACAGGUCGUAACUCACGUGCCUUCCCCCCUCAGGACCCGCUCUGGCUGAGUCUGGCCAAGGCCCUGGGCCCCUUCGUUGUUUUUUAAGCUCCUGACCGGAGCGCCGGACAUGCGUGUCAGCGGGAGCCGGGGCUGGCCUCAGGCCGCCUGUGGGGUGGCCCUGGGUUUACAGUGACUAAGCUGAGGCACGGCGAGGCGUGGGAGCCGCAGGUGUGAGGGGUGGACGGGGCUCCCCCCUCCCCCCUGCUGCCCUGACCUCGCUCGCAGCCCAGCCGUUCCAGUCCAGGCGGGGACGGCCGGCGCGUGCGCACAGGGUGGCCGCGGUCUCAGCCAGACAGCAGGGCCACCAAGGUCUGGGGGGCACCUUGCUCCCGUGCCUUCUCCCCCUUCACCGCCAGCUAGGGCCCUGCCCUGUCCCUUCCUCCACCUGAGGGAAGGGCCAUCUGAGGCCUGGCCAUGCCUUCACCGCAGAGUGGCUGCAAGGGGCUCACCUGGAAGAGGCGGUGAUGUCACAGGGCCUCACAUCAGCUGCUGCUCUUAGACGUGUCUCUCUCCCCCUACAAAGCCUUCUCUUGGGGCUUCUAGUCCAGGGGAGUGAGAUGGGGUGCCCAUGCCGGCCUGUGGGGGCAACGUCACAAAUGGCCUCAAAACAGGAUCGAGGGGGCCCUGGCCGGUGUGGCUUAGUUGAGCACCGUCCCAUGCACUACAAGGUCACCAGUUCAGUUCCCCGUCAGAGCACGUACCCAGUUGCAGGUGGAUCCCCAGUUGGGGUGUGCAGGGAGGGGGGACUCCUUUCUGAGUGGGAUGUUUUCCUCCCAGUUCCCAGCCUGGGGGUCACCGUGCUGCCCCCAAACACAGGAGGAAGAAGAGGGCAGUACAGUGGCCAGGCCAUCAGGCCUGUCGGAUAGAUGAGGGGGCAGGCCCUGUAGCCGCAGGAGGCUGGGGGGCAGGGGCAGGGUCUGUGCCCAUCCCCCUCCCCAUGACACAAUGUGCCCUCUGUCUGCUCGCGAGGACGGCCUGGGUGGGCCGUGCACUGUCCUUGCGCCUCCCCUGGUCCCUGGGAAGGCUGGGAAGAGCUCUGUCUGGAGCCGCAAGGUCCGUGGCUGACAGGGAUGCCCGGCGGAUGCUGAGAAGGUGGAUGCGUGCCAGGCCACUGUGAUGGGGAGAUUGACGGAGCGUCCACCCAUUCCCUCGCUUGGUCCUCAGCGCAGAAGCCUCUGAUUGGCUGAUGUCUACCCAGAUGUCCCCUCUGCUGUUCUCAGGGCCCCACUUCCUCCAGAUCAGCACCCUAAGUUUUCUAUGAGGGCACGGAACUGUAGCCCGCAGGCCCAAUACUGGGUGGUUUUCAGUGGUGUCGUUCUCAUGGCUACAGGAUAUUAAACAGAUUCUUUUCUGGCUCUCAGA